AUGCCGUUGGCUGCACAGAACUCCUUCAAAGCGGUGCCCACCAGAAGCAGAGCCGGCUGCAUCCUCUGCCGCGGCCGUCGCAAGUUCCCGCACAAGUGCAGCUCGACCCACGAGGUCAACUUCGGCAACGAGGCCUCCAUAGAGCAACAAAACGGCGGGCGCCGGUAUAGCCUACCCGUGGUGUUUCGGAUCGUCGAAGGUGACCGCACCUUCUGGGACGUCAACCCGAACCAGAUCGCCCGCGAACUGGUUACAAUACUCGGCAGGGACGUGGUGCACCAACGGCUCAGUCGACGAGGACUGCUCACAGUUCGCGUGGCCACGGCCGACGCGGCCAUUAAGCUUCUGGACAUCAAGACCCUUGGAGGCCUGAGCGUCGAGGCGAGCAUACCGACGGCGCUACUCAAGAACGAGGGUAAGAUACGAACGGUGCCCUAUCGCGACACGGACCAGCAGAUCUUCGAGAAGCUCAGGCACCUCGGGGUCGUCAGCGUGCGACGACAGUACAGCCUCAGGAAGACCGAGGACGGCAGCGUCGUACGGGGGCCCCGCGGGGUGAUCGUGCUCACCUUCAAGGAGGACGUUUCGCUGCCCACGCGCGUGAUGCUCGGCGACUUCUCGUACCCGGUCGAGGAGUACCUGGAGCCGCCGUUGCAGUGCCACAACUGCAUGCGGUACGGCCACUGCUACAAGGUCUGCCGCGGAACCGUCCGCUGUCGCAAGUGCGCGGGGCCACACAGGAUCAAGGAAUGCACAGUCAAGGAAAUGCGCUGCGCCAACUGCUACGGUCCCCACCGAGCAACCUAUCCGGGCUGCCCGAAGCGCAGGGACGCAGCAUUUGCGCAAAGAAUCCGCAAGUUUCGGAUAGAGGAAGAAUUAGCCGAGUGACCUGCGGCCAAGUCAAAAGUGCCAGCGAAAGUGAGAGACUACGCGUGCAGUCUCAGAAACGAGACGCGGCCUCGUACAGCGUUACAAAUAAA